CGCCGCAGAUGUCUGUAUGAGCCAGUGCUGUGCUGAGAGGGGACACACUUUGUGAAAGUACGGUGUUAGUUUUCCUGGCUUGGAAAACUGUUUACAAUUCUGGUAUUGGUCACUACAUUCUGCUGUACUAUAAACGAGGAAGGACAAAAUGUUAAAUACCGUUACAGAACGCUACGAAGCGUUUUUUAAACAGAAGAAUGUGGUAACGGAUUUUCUGGCGGUUUUAGAGGAAAAAACUGGAGUUAAGAAACAGUACAUUGCAACAGGUGCAGUAUCUAUUCUGGCACUCUAUCUGUUAUUUGGAUAUGGUGCCUCCCUCCUCUGCAACUUGAUUGGUUUCGCAUACCCAGCAUAUGCCUCCAUCAAAGCCAUUGAGAGUAACAAUAAAGAUGACGACACCAAAUGGCUAACCUACUGGGUGGUUUAUGGACUCUUCAGUGUGGCUGAAUUUUUCUCUGAUAUCUUCCUCUUCUGGUUUCCCUUCUACUAUGCUGGGAAGUGCCUGUUUCUGCUGUGGUGCAUGGCUCCAGUCUCAUGGAAUGGCUCUCAGAUGAUAUACACACGUGUGGUGAGACCUUUCUUCCUCAAACAUGAAGCAGCAUUCGACAACGUUGUCAGUGACUUGAGUGGAAAGGCCAAGAGUGCAGCCGAGAGUAUGGCAAAGGAAGGCUUCACAUUGCUGAACAGUGAUAAGAAUAAAUGAUUCACAGGUGAAGAUGUGAAGACUCAUUUUACCAGGAGCUUUGUGUUUACAUUUGCCUUUUUAUUUUUUGACUGUCAUAUUGGUUGUCACUAACCCCACCAAAUUAUUCUUAACUGCAUCUGAGCCAGGCAGCACAGUCUUAAAUGUUCUAGAAUUUCUCUAAUGGUCCACAAAUUAUACUAUUUAAUUGAAUUUCACAUUUAAUUUCAAUUUCACAGUUUUGUGUUCAUCCUAUAUUUUAGAACUUUGAGCAAUAAAAGAAAUGUUGAAGUCACUGUCUUUUAAUAAAUAAAACUGGGAAGAUCUAUGUCUAAA